AUGCAGCAAAAAUACGCGCUUCUGGAGGGGUUGGGUGUCGGAUCGACGUCGACAGUACACCGCUGCGUUUCCAAACAGAACGGGCAAGAGUAUGCGUGCAAGAUUAUUGACUGUCAGCUUAUGGAAGAACGCUUCCAGGGAAUGAUGGAACAGUUCCAGACCGAGAUUGACGCUCUCCGCCGACUCCAACAUCCUAGUAUCAUACGUCUGUACGAUGUUUUUCUCGCCCCCGAAAAAAUUUAUAUUGUCAUGGAGCUUAUGGAAGGUGGUGAGCUUUUCGAUUAUGUUGUUCAGAAAGGAACUCUCACGGAAGAAGAGGCUGCAGGAAUCGUUCGCAAGGUAACGAGUGCCUUAGUCUACAUACACGAAAAGAAUAUCUGUCACCGCGACCUCAAGCCGGAAAAUUUGUUGCUAAAAGAGAAACCCUGUAGUGGUCCCCAACUUGGCGACAUUGAUGUGAAAAUUAUCGAUUUUGGUCUUUCCAAGGCUAUGGAAGAGCCCGUAGCUCGCACCUUUUUGGGAACACGCGGUUACUUGGCACCCGAAAUGUUACAGCGACGGGAUUAUACUCGCGCCGUGGACACUUGGGCGCUCGGCGUAAUUGUCUUCGUACUCGUGUGCGGUUGUCUACCUUUUGACGACGAUUCGUCAACGGUUCCCAGUGACGAUCUCGUGCGCGCCAAGUUUGUGUUGCGCUUUCCCAGAUGGGCGCGACAGCUGAGCCCAUCGGCGAAAGAUUUGCUGAAUCAUCUACUGGAUGUCAACCCGCGAACUCGCUACAGCGCAGAGCAAGCUCUGUGGCAUCCCUGGGUACAGGGGAAGACGGCA